UAAUAUUUCUUAUGUUUUCUUUUGUUCACUAUUGUAUUGAUUUACAUUUAACGUGACAGACAUGUCUAUCGAAAAUUUAUGGAAAUGCGAAACAAAAACGAGGGAUAACUCCAAGCUUUUAGUAGAUGGCGCUGGCAGCGCGCGCAUGCUCAUUAGUAGGUCUCCUUCAUUGUGCCCUGUCUUCAGAAAAAGCAGCGCGUAGCUAGGCUAGCUGGCAAUCCUCUCAGCAGCAUCACGCCAAGGUCCUCUGUAGGCUUUGUGGAUACGGUUCUGCUGGACUGAAAAAUGGAUAGUCCUCCUACAUACACGGACCUUGGCAAGGCCGCCAAGGACAUCUUCAGCAAGGGCUACGGCUUCGGGGCUGUGAAGAUAGAGCUGAAGACCAGGUCUGACAAUGGAGUGAUGGAGUUUCACUCUACGGGCUUCAGCAACAUGGACACAGGGAAGGCUACUGGCAACCUGGAGACCAAGUACAAGAUAACGGAUCACAGCUUGACCAUCAGCCAGAAGUGGAACACGGACAACGUGUUGGUUAAUGAGGUCACUGUGGAGGACAAGCUUGCUAAAGGACUGAAGAUCGGCACGGAAACUUCCUUUGUACCAAACACAGGCAAGAAAACUGGCAAGCUGAAGACGGGCUACAAGUGCCAGAGUAUGAACCUGGCCUGCGACGUGGACCUGCAGGGCCCCAUUGUCCACGGCUCUGUUGUGCUGGGCUUCGAAGGCUGGCUGGGCGGCUACCAGACGCUCUACGACGCCACCAAAUCCAAACCGAGCCACCACAACUUCGCCCUGGGGUUCAAGUCUACGGACUUUCAGGUGCACACCUGCGUUAACGAAGGCAGCGAGUUCAGCGGCUCCAUCUACCAGAAGGUGGACGACAAGCUGGAGACGGCGAUCACCCUGGCCUGGACCGCCGGCAGCAACAACACUCGCUUCGGCGUCGCAGGCAAAUACAUGCUGGACAAGGACACCUCUCUGUCAGCCAAAGUGAACAAUGCCAGCCUGAUUGGAGUCGGCUACACCCAGAGCCUUCGGCCAGGCGUGAAGCUCACCCUCUCUGCCCUCAUCGACGGGAAGAACUUCAACGCAGGCGGACACAAGCUGGGGUUGGGCUUCGAGCUGGAUGCAUAACCAGAACUCCUCACCUGCACCGGACAGCACCACCUUUCAUAUAGCUCCUCUCCUCUGGACUCACCUUUAACCCCACACCCCCACACCCCCAUACACACUCUGCGCUCCUAACGAGCAUUUCUGACACUAAAAGUCGAGUCUAGGGAGGCGGAGUGUCGGCCCUGAAAUUUGGCGGUGCGCGGUUGCGAAGGAGUUCCUGAUGUUCUGGCUGAAGUCACACCAUUUUAUUUCGCUGUAGGUCUUGAAAGACGUAACCGUUGGUGUAAAAGUGUGUAACUCAUCCCAGCAGUCUUUACCUAAAAGCAUGAGAGAAUGACAACAUGGCCGCAGAGGCUGGCGGAUGUUUCUUUGCUUGGUUAAAAAGGUGCAGUGUGUCUGCUUUUUUUUUUUUUUUAAAUAAGUUCAAACACUUUAGUUUUUACUCACGCCCGUUUUUAUUUGGUUUCAACUGAAAUCCUUCAUGAGAGCCUCUUGCGUCUGCGUGGCCGCUCUGUCUGCCAGGUGAAAUCAAUGUGGUGGAAUCUUCUGGUAUCUUCCCGUAGUUUAGUUUGGCAUUUCUACAGCGUUGCUUUCAUCUGUCUCGGCUCAGCGGCCACAAAGAUAGCGAGGAUGUUUUGCAUGGAGGCGCGGCCGGUUCCUCGAGCGACCUCUGGCCAGUAACGGCUGCUUGUCCUCACUGGUUCAUCGCCACACUGUUAACCCCCUCCACCCCCGACCUCCCCUCCACCCCCGA